CUGACUGGGAGAGUUUUGGUCCGCAUGAACUUUAGGCGCCGAGAGUUUUCCUGGAGGAAAUCCAGAGCCUGAGAAGUCAAAGAAGACAGCAGAAAUGACAAGAGCAGCUCUAACAACUUUUUUGAUGGUUGAGAGAAGACAGAAAAGAGAACACAAUAGAUUCACGGUAUAUUAAAGCAGCAAGAAUAUAUGAAUGCAUUACCUGCUGGUGCCCUGCAAUAACCCUGCCAUCUGGAAACAGGUAGUUGGCCACAGAGCACACAGGAUUCUCCAUCCCCAGACUCUUGCAGUGCUCUUUUGCCUGCAGACAGGCAUAAUUAUACUGAUCCUGAGGUCUACCAAUGACUGACAGCAUCCCACUGGGAACCAGUUCUGAGGCCUUCUGCAUAGUCUCCGCUCGCACCAGGCUGAGAUGCAGGUGAAGGAAAAGGAGGCUGAACAACAGAAGAAGAGGAUCAGGGAGCUGGAGCUGACACAGCAGCAGCUGGAAGUUGCCCUUAAUAUGGAGAUCCAGGCUCGGCUGGAGGAGGAGAGGGCCAGACUGGAGCUUGAGCGGUUGCUGCAGGCUGAAGAUGAAAAGAGGAAACAUUUCCAGCUCCUCCAGGAGCAGCAACGUACAAUGCAAAACCUCAGCCCCAUACAGGAGCUGUCAGAUGGCAGUCCCGAUGAGGACACCCCCUCAGCCCUCAACUCUGCCUCUCAGGAGCUCCAGGAUCUGCAGGCAUCUCGCCAAAGAAGCCACCAGCGUCUGGAGGAGGUUCAGGAGAGGCUGAGGAAUGCCAGUCAACAUGUACGGCACUGGAACAUCCAGCUGAACCGACUGAUGACCCCCAUUACUCCUGCAGAGCGACUGGAAAGCCGGCUGUUAUCAAAGCCCACAUGCCCUAAAAAGGAGGACGCGCUGGCCAGUAAUGAGUUCAUCACUAAGUUUAAGAUAAGAGUUGAUCAGAAUAGAGGCGAUGAUGAAAGUCUGGAGCAUCAGUUGGAGGCUGCCAACCUGUCUGAUGAAUCGUUCGAGGCCCAGACAGAAGUCAACGGACAAAUAUGAUCACAGACAUUUUAAAAACGCGAGUUGAGAGUUAAGGGGGAAAAAUAUUGUAAUAAGUAUAUAUUUGAAUUGCACACUAAGAUAUAAAGUGAUGGCAGCGAGCACAGUGUUGCAGGAUUUAAUUAAAAACACAUCUGACUAAGACCAACUGAAAUUUAGAGUUGUGUAUAAUAAAGUUUAUUCAUGA